CGGAGGGGUUUCCUAUUCGAACCCUCGUCCUCCACACUCCCAAUAAGACUCCACCUUUUUCGCUCCCAAUUUCUGAAAACCCGCCGUGAAACCCUAAAAACCGAUGGCCUCCGACGACGACGACACGUCGCUGGGUUCGUUGAUGCGCAAGAAGAAGCAAAAUGGGAGUGCCAAUGCCAAGCCGAAGGUGAAGAAAGAAGAGCUCCACAACGGUUCCGAGAACCCUAAGCCCAAUCCCAGGCCCAGAAAACCAAUUGCGAAGAAGGAAGAUAGCGACAGUGAUUUUGAUGAGGAUGAGAAGCCAAUUGCUCGCACCAAUGCGAGAAAAGCGCCGGUUAAGAAGGAAGAGAGGGAGCUUGAUAGUGAUGAUGAUAAGCCCUUAGCUAAGAAGAGCUCCAAUUCCAAGCAUGACAAGAAUUUGAAGAGGAAGAGAGAAGAGGCGUCGGCGACACCGGAGAAGAAGAAGAAGAGGGACAAGAAGGUGUAUGAUUUGCCUGGUCAGAAGAGAGACGCUCCUGAGGAGAGAGACCCACUCCGGAUUUUCUAUGAGACGCUUUAUGAGCAGCUUCCCAAUAGUGAAAUGGCACAGGUUUGGCUGAUGGAGUCGGGCUUGUUAUCUAAAGAAGAGGCAAAUAAAGUGUUUGAGAAGAAGCAGAAGAAUCGUCAGCUUCAGAAGGUCAGUACUCCAAUCAAAGUUGUGGCUUCGGGAAGGAAGUCCACAACAGUCAGUACUGCAACUAGAGGUGGAGCUUUGGUAAAGAAGACCACAACAUCGGUUACUGUAAAGAAAAAAACUCCAGCAACCCCAGUUUCUUCAAAUAAAAAGAAGCCAACACCAGCAUCUAAGAAGCGGAAGAAAGAUGAUGAAAGCUCAGAGAGCGAGUCUGAUGAUGACUUUGUGUCUGAUGAUGAUGACUACGUGAUGUCCAACAGACCAAAGAAAAAGAAUGCAGCUUAAUCUUAAUCUCAUUAACAAAUUGUAGCCAUUCACCUUGUUAUGCUACUCUGUAUUCUGAUGGCAUGAUUUAUUCCUUCAGUGUUAUCAGACUUAUUUCAUCUUAUGGCAUCGUCAUUUUAAGAACUAGAAGGACCCGUAACUAAUCUUGUUAGAA